AUGCCGGUCCUUUCAAAUAUUUUUAAAAUAAAAUAUAUUAAUUUAAUUCAAGUCCUGGUACUUCUUUGUGUGCCUUGUGGUAUUCUUUACAGACCUGUUAAAUUUGUGCCAAUUUAUGAGGAAGAGUUGGAUGAAGAAAAGGGAAUUGUUGAAAUUGAAGAAGAAUCGGGAAUUGGGGUAGAUGAAGAAGGAAUUAAGCCUGAAAGUUAUCAAAAUGGAAAUGCCUUUCAAAAUAAUAUUCUAAGGCCAGCACAAUCACAACAAUUAAUAAAUAAAUUCUCAACAAAAACUAAUGGAGUAUUAAAUGGAAAUAUUUUGGGGGGAAAAGUAAAUGGAGGGGAAGGAUUUUUACAAAGAUUUCUUUCAAUUGGUGAUAGAUUGGAUGAUCGAGAUUGUGGAAAGGGUAGAGGGUCGAUUAGUGUUUCUACAGGAUUUUUGAAUGUGAGGGAUAUUUUCUACACAGGAAGUAUUGCCGAAUUGCCGGAAUACAAGGAAAAUAAAUUUAGAUUUAGAUCUGUCAGUUCUUUACAUUCACAUUCCUCAUUUAAUCGGUCAAAUGUUCCAAAUAUUUUACAGUCCCACCAAACAGAAAGGAUAGAAGAGGAGAAAGACGAGGAAGUUGAGGAUAGUAGUGAAGCUAAUGAAAAACAAAAGCAAAAACAAAUUAAUGGAAUUAAUUCUUGCCAUUUAAUGGCAUCAAAAAGUAUUUCAAGUGAAGAUGAUAGAAGCUCCUCAAGUCGGGCUAUUGAAAUUUGGAGAACGGUUAAACGAAUGCUUGAUCUUUCACUUUUAACUAAUCCUGUUUAUGUACUCUUUGGAAUAUCAAAUUUUUUGACAAGUAUUGGAUUUAAUGCUCCUCCAAUGUUUAUGCCAAUGAAUGCAGAAUUAGUUCUUGGUUGGGAUAAAAUCCAAGCAUCAACAACAAUUUCUGCUUACGGAUUAGCUAAUAUUUUUGGAAGAAUUUCUUUUGGGCUUUUAUGUGACAGACAAUUACCUACAAAAUGGGGGAAAGACAAACCUAGAAAUCGGCUUUGGAUUUACAAUUUAACUUUAAUGUUUUGCGGGUUUAUUACUUGUUUUGUGUUUGCUAUCAAUUCUUUUUAUGCCUUUAUUGCUUAUUGUUUCUUUUAUGGAUUUACAAUUAGUUCUUAUGUUUGCCUUACAUCUGUGGUGCUUGUUGAUUUGGUUGGUGUUGACCGUUUAACUAAUGCCUUUGGCCUUCUUUUAUUUAUUCAAGGAAUUGCUACGUUUGUAGGACCUCCUAUUGCUGGCUAG